UUUAAGCUGUGAUUGUGCAUUCGUGACAGCUGAGGCUCUGACACCACUCCGGACAGAGGAGGAACCAUUAACUGACAGUGAAAGGCAUCAUUAUGCUGAAAAAAUAGAAAACUGAAAGAGAAGCCAGACUAAUCCAUUGCACAAAAUUAAAGACGGUUAACCGUGAGAGAUAAAAUCCUUUUUAUCACUGUUUUUAGGAUUCUGUGUCUAUCUGAAUUUAAUAGAUAUGCAAACCAGGGUUAUCCAGACUUCAUGUUUGGCCCUGUGGAUCAGUUCCUGCGCCAUUGCUUUGGCUGUGGACCAGAACAUGACCAGAGCUCUGCAGCUGAUGUCUGAGACACCUCUAAUUGAUGGCCACAAUGACCUGCCUUGGCAGCUUCGGAAACAAUUCAACAAUGAGCUCAACAAAGUGGAUCUUAACACAUUGGCAACAACACACACUAACAUUCCGAAGAUCAAGGAAGGACGACUUGGUGCACAGUUCUGGUCGGCUUAUGUGCCCUGUGAGACCCAGUACAAAGAUGCUGUCAGACAAACACUGGAGCAGAUAGAUGUAGUUCACAGGAUGUGUCAGAAAUACCCAGAAACCUUCAUGUUUGCCACCAGUAGUGACGAGAUCAUGGAUGCCUUCAACAUGAAUAAGACAGCCAGUCUGAUCGGGGUGGAGGGCGGUCACUCCCUGGACAGCAGCCUGGGUACCCUGCGCACCAUGUAUCACCUGGGCGUCCGCUACCUCACCCUCACACACUCCUGUAACACACCUUGGGCAGAUAACUGGCUUGUUGACACUGGAUCAGAACCAUCUCAACACAAUGGUCUGUCACCUUUUGGCAAGCAACUGAUUGUUGAAAUGAACCGCCUCGGGAUGCUGAUCGACCUGGCUCACGUUACCGAACAAGUGAUGAACCAGGUGCUGGACAUGUCGAAAGCUCCGGUCAUUUUCAGCCACUCAUCCGCAUACACUGUCUGUCCACACAAGAGGAAUGUUCCAGAUGAUGUUCUCAUCAGAGUGAACCAAACCAGAGGAAUCGUGAUGGUUAACUUCUACAAUGAUUAUGUAACCUGCAGCAAGACAGCCACGCUCUCAGAUGUUGCUGAUCACUUUGACCACAUAAAGAAAGUUGCAGGGUCAGGUAUCAUCGGUUUUGGAGGAGAUUAUGAUGGAGUUACGAGACUACCGGUGGGUUUGGAGGACGUGUCAAAGGUCCCCAAUCUGGUGGCUGAACUGCUGAGGAGGGGGUGGAGCGAUGAAGAAGUUAAAGACGCACUUGGAAAUAACUUGCUCCGGGUUAUGAGAAAAGUCGAGGAGGUCCGGGACAGCAUGUCUGCGGGGAUGCCAGACGAUGUUCCCAUUCCCUACGACGAGGUGAAGAACACGUGCAGGACGAGCUUCGGCUACCCGGAUGCUGGCGCCGUUCACACAGUCAGUGCAGCGGCGCUUCUGCUGGCUCUGGCUCUCCAGGCCUGUGUCUCAUAAACAGCCCACCGGACUCCUGAUCAGCACCACCAACCGUAGGCUGGGCAGCUUUAACUAAAUGGUUGUAAAAGGUUUAGAGACGUUUUAGCUUGUGUUUUUUCUGUGAAUUAUACUUGAUAGCUUUGCUGAAAGGAGGUUUGGUGAAGUUUGGUCUGUUCAUUUAGACCAGCCAAACUUUCAACUCAUCUAUUCAUCCACGAAAAAGACUUUAAGGAGGUAAUAUUAAUGUAAUAGAUUGUAUUGUAAAUAAAGGUUGUUCUUACAAAUGUCCCUUGUUAGCUAAAUAAAUUCAUAAAGGUGCAUUAAUAACU